AUGGGUCUGGAUGCUGGGAGGACUACGGCCGAGUCUGGACCCUGUCCGGCAGUACAAGAGACCCUGCAAACUGUGCGGACCGCUGGUCGCAGGACCUGGUCUUGUGGUGGGGAGAGACUAGUGUUCGGCUACCUGGACUGGUCUGUGAACUCAUGGGGAACCUUGGUUAUACGUCAUGGCGGUCUGGCAGACUCUGGGAACCCUAGGGUUUCGGGGACCUCUCCGUCCCUGGGAACUUGGUUGUUGGUCCUGAAGUGGUGUGGUGGUGGACGGAACUGGGCUCAUGGGAUGGCCUGUCGGCUGGACUACAAGCCGGUCUGGGACCUGUCGGCACCAGGACGUGGACUGUGGAACCCCUAG